UAAAUUCAGUACUUGUUACUUUGGAUUGUUAAUAAAUGUUUACCAAGCUAAAACAGCUCUCUUUUAUUGCUUUUUAUAUAAACUUGGUUGAGUAUUGUAGCGUCGAGAGUAUAAUAUAUUAAACACGGAAGAGAGCAUCAUUAUUUUCAUUUCAACACCUAAAUCGGAGGAAUUAUUUCAGUGGAAAAUGUCAUAAUAUAUUUAACUUCGAAAAGUGCUAUGUGUCUAUUUUGUGGUCUGUAAAAUAUGGCCCAGGAUCGUCACCGUUUUGUUGUUAUAAAUGGCAUUUAAAUACUGGAAAUGUUGACGAGAAAUGGUGUGAUACACCGUGGACAAUGUAGGGGCAAAUCCUAAAGGAUUUCGCCUUGCGUUGCGCUUUAUGGCGGCUGUUGAACAGCCGGAAAAAAUUGACGAGAAUUCGACUCAAAACGAGGAACAUGACAAUGUUAAGCCCAUAUCAGGCAGUGUUUCGUCCACAAAUUUGCUCUCUGUAUCGGCUUCUUCAAACGUGCAUCGUUUGGUAGUUGUAUCUUCAAAGAUUAGACAUCCUUCGGCAUUAGAGACCGCAGCUCUGAACGGUGUUACUAUACUCAUUUAUCAACAAGAUGGUGAAGAAUUAGAUAGUUUGCUUUUGAAAAUAAAGGAAGCUUGUACUCGCACGAAGCCCGUCAGCAUCGCUUUUUUGGCUCAUGGACAUCCUGGCAGUAUGGUUUUAUGCUCUGGGAGAGGAGAAAAGGUAUUAUCGAAACCAUCCUUGGCCGAAGAUGAAGACAUUAGAAACUUUUUCAAAGAAGUUGCGACGUUUAUUGAUAGAAGCGACUCUUCAGCACGCCUUGAUUUUCUAAAUUGUCCAGUUUUACUGUCAACAGACUGGAAAGAGGUUGUCGAGGAGUUGGAGGCUAUUGUCGAGGGAUUGAAUAUCAACAUGACCAAGGACAUCAUGGGGCCUGAGAUAUCUGGCAAGAAGCAGUCGAGCUCUGAACAUGGAACAAGUUGCGAGCCUGGAGAUCUUUAUUUCCAAUCAGAGAAGCUCAGAAAAUGGUCAGGUGCAACCCCAAGAAGCAUCAGCAAUUUUGAAAGAAUAAAAAUUGUUGGAAAAGGGUCUUAUGGCGCGGCUGUUUUGUACCGGAAGAAAGAUGAUGAUUCGUUGGUGAUCCUGAAGGAGAUAAACAUGCACGAUCUCACUGCACAGGAACGGCAAUUGGCGACGAACGAGGCAAAGAUUAUGUCAAAACUAAAUCAUCCAAACAUCAUCAAUUGCUACGAUAGUUUUGAAGAAGAUGGCACCAUUUGGAUAGAAAUGGAAUACGCUGAUGGCGGAACCCUGGCCCAGUACCUGACGAAACUUGAUCGGGAGAUGGAAGAGAAGGAAAUUUUGAAAAUGUUUUACGAGAUGGCGCUUGCUUUACAAUGCAUUCACCAACAUAAGAUUUUACACAGGGAUAUGAAAACGCAGAAUAUAUUUUUAACGCUGGAAGGCCACGUAAAGUUAGGUGAUUUUGGAAUCAGUAAACAGCUUGGGAACACUAAGAGCAACGCUAAUACUGUCCUUGGAACUCCGUACUAUAUCUCGCCUGAAAUUUGCGAAGGCAGGGAUUACAAUGAAAAAAGCGAUAUUUGGUCUCUUGGUUGUGUUCUCUACGAAAUGGCAAAUAAACAGAAGACAUUUGAGAGUACGAACUUACCCGCACUUGUGAAUAAAAUUGUUAAGGGUCAGUUUGCUCCCAUUCGUGGAAACUACAGCCAGGAUUUCAAAGCGUUGGUUCGCGAUUGUCUGCAAAUUGAGCCACAAUACAGACCAGAUGCUUCAGAAUUAGUAUCAAGAGUCCAUGAAUUGCUUUGUCAGUUCGACAUGUGUGAUGAGGAAUCAUUGAAAAGCGCGCUGAAUCCCAAGAGAAAGGAGAAACGAAGAUCAAUACUCUAUUAUGUCGAUUUGGGAUCAAUGUCUGGUGUGGUGCCAAUUAAUCUUCCGGUGAAAAUCUUAAUUACUGAUGUGAGCGUUGGUCGAAAUCAUGUUUGUGUCGUGAGCUCCGACAGUCGCGUGUUUACCUGGGGCGAUAAUAGCAAAGGACAGCUCGGUCAUGGAGAUCUUGUGGCUAGAGAUCAGCCUACAGAGGUCGAGGGAGUGAAAGGAAAGAACGUUGUCACGGCCUGUAGCGGUGAUCGGUUCACAGUUUUACUGACAGACAACGGUAUCGUGAUGUCAUUUGGUGAUGGCGACUACGGUUGCAUGGGACACGGUGAUUGGUCCAGCGUUUCCCGCCCAAAGUUAGUUGAAGGGCUUCUUGCUGUGGACACAGGCAGCCUUAGCUGUGGUCCACAUCACGUGUCCGCCGUCUGCGAUGACGGUAGCGUCUACACGUGGGGCUGUGGCGCUGAUGGAAGGCUGGGGCAAGGUGAUGAGGAUAGCAGAAAAAUUCCCACAAAGGUUGAAUUUGGAGAUAAAGUUAUGAUCACUAAAGCGCAAUGUGGAAUGGAUGGCACAAUGUUUCUAACAGACACAGGAACCUUGUACGCUUGUGGAAAGAAUACAAACAAUAAACUCGGACUGAACAACAGACAAGGAUUUCUCGUGCAAAUGAAGAAUCUUUUGACUAAGGUACAAGUUGAAGGGCGGACGACACCCACAGCCCUGAAGAUUCUAGCGCGCCACAGUGUUGUUGAUAUGUCCCUGGGACCAACCCACAGCUCGGUGCUCAUGGAGUCGGGAAACUUGUAUACAUUUGGGGAUAAUAGACAUGGUCAGCUGGGCCAUGGCAAUGUUAAAACAGUCGAGUCCCCAGCCUGUGUUAAAUCUCUGGUUGAUAAACGUGUUACGAUGAUGAAAUGCGGUGAUUUAUUUACUCUGACUGGAACAGAUGAAGACACGAUAUAUUUCUGGGGGAGCAUGCCUUAUGUUCACGUGGAUUGCGACGAAGUUGGACCAAGAUCUGAUGAGGCGUUUGAGAAGAAACAUCGUCGAAAUGCAAGCUCUAGUCUAAGUUCUGGAGCCUCCGAGAGUACAGUAUCCUCACCCAGACCCAGUUCAGGCAAGUGCGAUUACUCUCGUACGAGGCCAAGUUCAGGCUUGGAUCACGAUUAUGUUGGCUCCCGAAGAAAAGACACUUUGUCCGAAAGUACAAAUGCAAACCUAAGCGUGGAUGGAAAACCCAGUUCUGCGAGUGGUGAUCGACCUAAAAGUGGUUUCUGGCGAAAUCAAGGCAAUUAUCUCCGAGAUUGCGUGUCUCGAAGCAACCUCUCACAUUGUCGUAUCGCCGGCUGUCUUCGUGUGAAUGAUUGCGAUCCAAUCUCUGUCCCAACCCUCCUCUUCCAGUGGGACGCGAUCUGUGGACCGAGCGAGAAGGACGGGGAUUAUCCCGUGUUUCUUAAACGCAUCUCGGGUUACGCCGAAAACACGUUUGUUCAGAUUGACACGACUGCGCCGGCGCCACGGAAGAAGUCGAAGCGAAGGUCGACGAAACGCGAAGAAGGUCCGAUGAAGACCGUAGCCGAACGAAGAACGUCGUCGGAAAUCAGCCUAAGGCAGCAGCAGUCGAAAAAUGGACUCGAUGAUUCCGGAACGAGUCUACGUCGUCAUACUGAUUCGUCCACCGCGGAUCAAUCCAGUUCGUCAGAAAUGGACACGAUUGGAGAUGCUCCGACAUGGUUGAAAGACGAGCUGAAAGACGGUAUAAAGAAAGAUAAAAACUUCGACGUUGACGACGGUAUUUCCUCCGUUGACGAGAGCGCUGGCUCGGACCUUGAGGAAGAGGUCUUUAUAAAACCAAAGAAAGAUCUCGCGACAAAAAAGCCGGGAAUAUCGCAGGGAAAACCUUACACAAAGUAUCGGACGAAGACCAAGGGGGGCGCCGAGACGAAGAAUGUUGGAGGUGUUACCUUGGAAACCCCUGCUGAUGACGCUGCGGUGUUGCCGGGUCAAGUGCCCGCAGAUGGUGCCCAGUCCACGCAGUCACGUCAACCGCGGCGAAAACGAACAAAAGUACAACUGAACUGUGACGUGUUUUAUCAACCUGGCGUUCCUCGUACGAAGCACAGUGGCGUCACGGCAAGCCUUCGUGCUCCGGUAGGCUCGGAGAAAUUACGACCAGCCAGUGUUACCUCAGAGAGCGGCGUCGAGAUGACACCGACGGAACAACACGGCUCGAUGGAGAGCCGGAUGAAGCAAAAUAACGGGAUGGCGAAAAGUGUCUCAAAACGAGGAUUAUCCCCUAACGCACCUGGAAAACCUCGUGGGACCCCAAAUAGCAUCAAAGCAUGGGGCAAUCCAGCACCGCCGCCAUCAAUCGAGAGCAGGCAACGACCCGCAACAAGAACGUCAUCAACGAAUGGCUCAAUUCCAGCGAAACGAAGAGUCGGUCCAAGAGAAGAUAUUAAGACAACAAAAAUGCCAGCGAUUGUGAUUCCAAGUCAGACAGGGAGAAAAGAUUCUCGUGACAAGAAAGAACUUACUCCAAUAAAACCAAUGCCAAAGUUUCCUAAACCUGGUAUUCACACUAAUGGCUGUGUGUCAGAUAGUCACGUUGACUACAACGAACAGCUUAAAGAGGCCAAGGUACGCGAGAAAGGUCUUGUUGACGAAAUACAAGUGCUGAAAAACGAGCUGUUAAAGCAAAGUAGUCAACUACAAGAAAACUUUCACAUCGUUAUUUCACUGCAAGAACAAGUUGCACGACUGCAAGAGGAACAGUUGAAACAGCAAGCUAAAGAGAAGCGUCAGAAUAUCACGAAUCAGAGAUCAGACAUCAAUCAGUCCCUGCGUCGUUCAUCCUUAAAGAGCACCGUUUGUGCCAUAAUGUGAUGUGAAGAUCGCUUCAUGCUAAAUCAUGGAAUUUAAACAGCUUGGCUUGCCCGAAUGUCCAACGUAUACCAGCAUGCACUCGCGGCUCGCACCAUUCAUGAAGUGAAUUUAUGCAGAGCUGCUUAAAUCCAGUGACCUCUAAACCAACCUGGAGUAGGAUCUUACCCCAAAAAGGUUGACUCAGCAAAUCUUUCUCAAGCAUAUUAUGUUAAAACGCCUGUCAACUAUUAUCUUUGCAAUUAUAGAUUGGUAGAAUAUUAGAUAUUCUUACUCCAGGUAUAAGUUGAGCUCACUGCCUGAAUUACGCACACGUGCAAGUGAACUACAACAGAAAAAUAAUCACUGUUCGCCCGAUUAAAAAAUAUAAAAAGGAAGGUAAAAAUAGUCAUAUUUAUAUGGGCUGAACAGGGCAUAUUUGAAAUGUGUUUAUAUAAAUAUUUGAAAAGUGUUUUUAAACAAAGAGUUUUGAAGAAAUAAUCAUACUUUUCAGUAUCAAAUAGGAAUUUAUACUAUCAGGAUGGAAACAAAUAGCUGUUCAUUUUUUGUUCCUAACUGAAUUUCACUUAAAAAACUUUGAAUACUUCAGUUUAUUUCAUAUCGUGAACGUAUCUACUCGGUUGAAAAUUUGUAUUUAAUAAAUUGUUUUUGUGUAGGUUUUACUUAUUCAAAAAUAAUUUGCGAUGGAAAGGACGAGCCAAUAUGUUAACGAUGCCUUCUUAUCCCAGACUUUUCCCACACUUGUAUGUCUGGUUGCCACACUAAUAUACUCAGGUCGAACGGGUAAAGGAUGCGUGCGUUAGCAGAUGAGGCUUGACCUAGUUUUUAGGAUAUCAGUCGAGGAAAUUUUAUGUGCUUUUCUAGCAUUUAUUAUUGACAUCGUGGCCAGUUUUUUUGGCCAUUACAAUUUGUAACAUAAUAAUAUUUUCUAUAAGAAUUCAUAGUAUUGUAAAAUGUACUACUUCGCGAAUUUUCUCAAAGAAAAAAAGAAUUUUAA